UCCAUUUUGGCGCCUUGGUUGAACAUUUUCGAAUAGUUACUUCCUCUACUUCCCAUCUUUCAGGGAGAGAUUGAAGGUUCUCUCUUUUUCUGGGCAAAUAUGGAGCAGCAGCAGCGAAGCUCAAGGGCGGUGGCUCAAGAAUCAGAAGAUGUCGAAGAUAUGCAACAUGGCCCUUCUCCUGUUGAACAACUACAGGCAGCUGGUAUUGCAGCCAUGGAUGUUAAGAAGCUUAAAGAUGCUGGUCUAUGUACAGUUGAAGCUGUUGCAUAUUCUCCACGCAAGGAACUUCUGCAUAUAAAAGGAAUUAGUGAAGCAAAAGUUGACAAAAUAAUUGAAGCCGCUUCCAAACUUGUUCCUUUGGGCUUCACUAGUGCUACUCAACUCCAUGCACAGAGACUUGAGAUUAUUCAGAUAACAUCUGGCUCCAGAGAGCUUGACAAAAUUUUAGAAGGAGGAGUGGAAACAGGAUCCAUCACAGAAAUAUAUGGCGAGUUCCGUUCUGGGAAGACUCAGCUGUGUCACACACUAUGUGUGACAUGCCAACUGCCAUUAGACCAAGGAGGGGGUGAAGGAAAAGCAAUGUAUAUUGAUGCUGAGGGCACAUUUAGGCCACAAAGACUUCUACAGAUUGCUGAGAGGUUUGGGUUAAAUGGUGCUGAUGUAUUAGAAAAUGUAGCCUAUGCAAGAGCAUAUAACACUGAUCAUCAGUCAAGGCUUUUGCUUGAAGCAGCAUCGAUGAUGGUGGAGACAAGAUUUGCCUUGAUGAUAGUAGACAGUGCUACAGCACUCUACAGGACAGAUUUCUCAGGAAGGGGAGAGUUAUCUGCCAGACAAAUGCACCUCGCUAAGUUCCUUAGGAGCCUUCAGAAGUUGGCAGAUGAGUUUGGUGUUGCUGUGGUAAUUACUAAUCAAGUGGUCGCCCAAGUAGAUGGUUCUGCACUCUUUGCUGGUCCUCAAAUCAAACCUAUUGGUGGCAAUAUAAUGGCUCAUGCUUCCACAACGAGACUAGCUCUCCGAAAGGGAAGAGCAGAGGAGCGCAUAUGUAAAGUAAUAAGUUCCCCGUGCCUUGCUGAAGCAGAAGCAAGGUUUCAAAUAUCCCCAGAAGGUGUUACAGAUGUUAAAGACUGAGAACCUAUUUUUCCUCUUUCACCUCACCCAUGUAUACUUGAUUCUGUCCCUGAACAUGCACAACAAGACUAUAAUUCUUCCUGUUGCUGCAUGGAAGAGGGUGUACUCAUCUAUUUUUCCAUUGUUGUUUGGAAGAGGGUGUACAUUCUCUUUUGUAGAUUUGUUUAGUAGCAAAUGUAGAUCCUUGGCUUCUUUCUCAGAAGUUCAGGUUGUUUCUUUUCUCCCAAAA